UCGGCGGCGGCGACGGCGACGGCGGCAGCGGACCGGUGAAGCUUAAUAACUAAAUUUUCACCUAUUCACCGGGCAUCAGCUUUUUUGGAGAAACCCUAGAUAAACCCUAGUUGGGUAUUCUGACAAAUUUCAAAAGUGUGAUUGAUCAUAAAGGAGGGAUCAUGAGUACUUCUGCAAACGAUGGUGAAGAUCAUGGUGAUGUUUUUCUUGAUGAGGACGACAUCGUGGAAGAAAUAAAUGUAGACGAAGAAGAUCUCCCUGAUGCAGAAGAUGAUGCAGAUUCUGAUGCUGAAGUGUUUGAUGAAGCAGAUGAUUCCCUUCACAUAUUCACUGGUCAUACCGGUGAAUUAUACACAGUUGCAUGCAGCCCAACCGAUGCUCAAUUGGUGGCCACAGGGGCAGGGGAUGACAAAGGAUUUCUAUGGAAGAUUGGUCAAGGAGAUUGGGCUUUUGAAUUACAAGGUCAUAAGGAUUCUGUAUCUACCGUGGCCUUCAGCUCUGAUGGACAGUUGGUUGCAUCUGGAAGCUUGGAUGGGGUCAUUCAAGUAUGGGACAUAUCUUCAGGAAACCUGAAAUGCACACUUGAUGGACCUGGAGCUGGCAUUGAGUGGAUUAGGUGGCAUCCACGAGGACACCUGGUUCUAGCUGGUUCGGAGGAUUCCACUGUUUGGAUGUGGAAUGCUGACAAGAAUGCCUAUCUUAAUACAUUCUCCGGUCAUGCUAGUACUGUCACUUGUGGGGAUUUUACUCCUGAUGGCAAAACAAUUUGUACCGGUUCUGAUGAUGCAAGUUUGAGGAUAUGGAAUCCAAGAACUGGGGAGAACAUUCACGUCGUGAAAGGCCAUUAUUAUCACACCGAAGGGCUGACAUGCUUGACGAUAACCUCCGACUCAACUCUUGUUCUUACCGGCUCAAAAGAUGGCUCUGUCCACAUUGUGAAUAUUGCAACUGGGAAGGUUGUCAGUUCUCUACCUUCACAUACAGAUUCAAUUGAAUGUAUCGGUCUCUCAGCUAGCUCUCCUUGGGCAGCAACAGGAAGCAUGGAUCAGAAACUAAUUAUUUGGGAUCUCCAACACUCUUUGGCCCGUUGCACAUGUGAACACGAGGAAGGUGUGACGUGCCUGUCAUGGCUAGGUGCGUCUCGGUUCGUGGCUACAGGGUGUGUCGAUGGCAAAGUGAGGAUAUGGGAUAGCCUUUCUGGAGACUGUAUCAAGACUUUCAGGGGACACACGGAUGCGAUCCAGUCUCUAGGCGUAUCGGCUGAUGGGAGCCAUCUAGUUUCCGUCUCCAUUGAUGGAACUGCUCGAGUCUUUGAGAUCGAUGAAUUUCGCUAAUCACGCCCCGUUCAGAAGAAAAAGAUCUACAAAAUGUGAAGUGCAGUUUGUCACCCAUCUUUGUAAGACUAAAAACACGAAUGAAAUAGCUGAAUCAUACAACCCAUAAUAUCAUCAGACAACAUAAGAAAACCAUCCAUCCAUCCAUUUUCAUUCUUCAACAUUCGUGAGCUGAUUUAUAAUCUUGUUACUGUUGUUUGGCAGUUGGAAAAUAUUUGUUGUCUUCAUGCUUA